AUGGUUAGCAGAAACAAAUUGAUGCCGAUACUAUUGGUUGUUUGUGCUUCAGUGCACCGUGUCAGCGCACAAGCAUCCAAUGUCACUACCUCCUCCAGUAAUUGCCAGCCAGCAAAUUGUCCUAUGGUGUGUUCGCCCAGCUGUAGCAGUGACCAAGUGUGCACCAAGAAAUCAAUGACAGAUUGUGGUAUUUGCCCUGCAUUGCUUUGUAUGAGUCGAACUGCUUUGGGUCUACCGCCACCAGCUACAUCAAGCAAUGUUUCAUCCAGCGCAGAUCAAGGUUCGUCAAAUGAGACGGGUGUCUUGGUGGGCGGUAUAUUAGGCGGUCUCGUUGGAUUCGGUAUUUUAGUGGGGAUUGGCAUCUACUGUUACAUCAAAAAGAACAAACGAGGCAAGCUGCCUUUCGCUUUCACGAGUGGGAAUGCGUCUCAUAUAGUGCAAAGUCAAGAGAAAUUUCAUCAAUCCCAGUUGCAGAGCCCCCAACAAGUAACACCACAUCCAGCAGUGAUUGCAGCUCUCUCGCAUCAAUCCACUAUCACAACCACCUCCUCCUCAUCCAGAUACAUUGGACUAGCCAACCUUGCCAAUGGUGGUAACUUGCAACGACAGACAUCCAUGACAUCCACCAGCAACCACACUAUUCAAACACCCCUUUACAAUGCAGAUACACCCACUAAUACUACUUCAAAUAAUACCAACAUAUCUAAUACUGUAAUUACUGGCAAUGUGCCCGAAGAAUUCGAGUCCAAAAUUGCCCUACAAAACAAGAGAAUAUCUGAGAUUUUAUACAACAACCCCAGACUAUCGCAGCAACCACAGCCACAACCACGGCCACAUAUCCAACAUGCUCAACAACGAUAUUCGACGUACACAACAACAGACGAUGAUUUUGACGAUGGUGACGAUAGAAAAUCCACCCUAUCCACUUCCACAACGCAAUCUGAUUAUUUACCGCAAACAGCAACAGCGACAUCUCUUCAGGCUGUUCAAAUAGCAAGGGCAAAACCACAAAUUAUGCGAGUCAAUUCUGUCAAAAGUACCAGUGGUCUAAAUCGAAGUGAAUCUGUCAGAACAGUGUUGACAGCUAUUGAAGAUAUCCAAAAUUUCCCUUCCACCCCAACUCGCAAUGAAAUGCCUGCAACAACAGCACCAUCAGCAACAACAGCGAAAGCUACAUCUACACAUGAAGACAAUCCAUUUGCGGAUAAGCAUACUGACAAUAUCACACACUAG